GCUCCCACAGGGUCAGUGUAUGAUCGCGUAUCCAAGCUAGUUUGCCGACUUUCCGGCCGACAUUGCCAAGCUUCCUUCACAACUUGGCUUCUAAACACGAGAAUCUAUUACACGAUAGCUCGUAAAUAG